AUGCAUGCUGCAGUACACUCUCGGCUUACAGGCAUUCACAUUUUUGUGUCCAGUACUCAAUAUGCGAGAAUAUUCAAGAAUGUACGAGUGCGUACUAAAUGCUCUCAUGCUUGCUUCUCGACUGGCCUGGUCCUCGUGCACGAAAAACCCCCUCCAAACCGAGUGCUUUCGAGGCGAGACGAGAUGACACGAGCGCAUCAAUUUCAUUCACGCGUUCGGUUUGGUUACGCGGUAUCUCGGCGAAUGUGUACUGGUGGUUAUAAAGCCGUGUUCACACGGAGUCGUGAACUGGGCGAGAGCACUACUACUAGACCAGCUAGUUGUUAUCACUGCCUAGUGUGAACUGGUGGUCGUAGUAGUGAGAGUCGUCAACGACAAAAAAUAGAUUGGUCGUGAUUACUCCGGCAUGUUGGAGUGAACACGACCUACGAAAUUUGAAGUUUGUUGCGUACAUACACGUAUUUUUUUUUUUUAUAUUUUUUACGAGUGAAAUAAUGAAAUUUAUUAUUAUUAUUAAUUCAAUAAAUAAAUACAUUUUAUUUUUAUAUAAUAAUAAUAUUUCCUACGUUAACGUAAUGUCAGUUUACAAUAUGAAUGUAACACAAACAAUUCAAUUUGUGAUGCGGAAUGUUUGUGGAAAAUAAAAUGGGUAUCGAUGGUUAUGGUAUUCGUGAAGUAGCCUAAAAUAUUAAAAAUAUUAAAUCAUUUUAUUAUCAAAAAUUGAAAAAAAUAAAUAACUCUUAAAAAUCUGCAAUUGAUAUUUAUCAGCCUAAGGUACCGUGGUUUACGAUUGUCCAUUAAUUUCUGAAUUUUGUUUCAGAAAUGAAUGAAACCGUAUCUAAUCUUUGUAGUUCGUCAGUUCAAUCUGACAAUACAUUAAAUCAACUAGAAGAUAAAGACAGUUGUGGGUUAAAUGACCAAAUCGAAGUAAAUUUGUCAAACGAAAAGAAGUCUGGUCAAAGAUUUAAACUUCCUUCAAUAUCAAGUCAGGCAGUUCAAUAA